AUGUCAAAAUUUAAAUUACUUUUUCAAAAUGUAAAGAAAAAUGCAUUUAACAUUAUGUUCUGGGCACCCUUAGCAAAUUGGGGUUUUGUUAUUGCAGGAUGUAACGACUUAAAGAAAAAUCCUAUGUAUGUGUCUGAGAAAAUGACAUCAGUCUUAGUUGUUUAUAGUUUAUUAUUUAUGAGAUAUUCACUUGCAAUUAAACCUAAAAAUUAUUUGCUUUUUGCAUGCCAUGCCACAAACACAUUAGUUCAAAGUGUUUUACUAUUUCGAAAGUUAAAAUACGGUUCAGAUAAUAAAUUGAUGUUAGCAACCAACUAA